AGGACGAGAGGAGGCAGAGGUGAAAAGUCUGGAUCAUGUUGUCAUUCCAGCAGAUGUUUACAUGAACAGCAAAAAGGACACGAUUUAUAAGCAUCUGCGAGUCGGCCAGCCGAGUAAGACCAGGUUUUGUCGAUAAAGAAGGCACAUUAAUGGUGUUUUUAGCCAGCCGGUGUGAACAAGCUGAAUUUUGUUAUCGAGCUAGCGGAGGAGCCUGUUAGCUAACGGCCACCAUCAUCGCUCCUAGCCAGCUGUGCAUCGCCCUGUCUGCCUACGAUGGGAAACGCAGCGACUGCCAAGAAAGGAAAUGAACAGGAAAGCGAGACUUUUGUGAAAGAGUUCUUAGCUAAAGCCAAAGAAGAUUUUUUAAGAAAAUGGGAGUGUCCCCCACAGUGUACAACAACCCUGGAUGAGUUUGAAAGGUUCAAGACUCUGGGCACUGGCUCCUUUGGACGUGUGAUGCUCGUGAGGCAUAAAGGAACAAACCAGUUCUACGCCAUGAAGAUCUUGGACAAACAAAAAGUGGUGAAGUUGAAGCAGAUAGAGCACACAUUAAAUGAAAAGAAAAUACUACAAGCCGUGUCCUUCCCAUUCCUCGUCAGAUUGGAAUACGCUUUCAAGGACAACUCGAACCUCUACAUGGUGAUGGAGUAUGUGCCCGGUGGAGAAAUGUUCUCACACCUUAGACGCACAGGACGGUUCAGUGAACAUCAUGCAAGAUUUUAUGCAGCUCAGAUCGUGCUCACCUUCGAGUACCUUCACUCUUUAGACCUCAUCUACAGAGACCUGAAGCCUGAAAACCUGCUCAUAGAUCAACAUGGAUACAUCCAGGUCACAGACUUUGGUUUUGCCAAGCGAGUAAAAGGCAGAACCUGGACAUUGUGUGGAACUCCUGAGUAUCUGGCUCCUGAGAUCAUCCUCAGCAAGGGCUACAACAAAGCUGUUGACUGGUGGGCUCUUGGAGUUCUUAUUUAUGAGAUGGCUGCUGGUUACCCUCCUUUUUUUGCCGAUCAGCCCAUACAGAUUUAUGAAAAGAUCGUGUCUGGCAAGGUGCGAUUUCCAUCUCACUUUAGCUCCGACUUGAAGGACUUGCUGAGGAACCUGCUCCAGGUGGAUCUGACAAAGAGAUUCGGCAACCUAAAGAACGGUGUAAACGACAUAAAGAACCAUAAGUGGUUCUCUUCAACAGACUGGAUAGCCAUCUAUGAGCGAAAGGUUGAAGCUCCGUUCUUGCCGAAGUGCAGAGGACCCGGAGACACAAGCAACUUUGACGAUUAUGAAGAAGAGGACAUCCGCGUCUCGCAAACAGAAAAGUGUGCAAAAGAGUUUGCUGACUUUUAGCCAAGGCCUGAGCGGUUCCUGCGGCUUUGGGAUAUUUGCACUCUGGUGAGAGAUAUAAGGUGGAACUGAGGCCAUCCCGUGCUCCUAACAAUCGCCUCGUUCCUUCAUUCCACACUGCUCAAAUGAGGUCCUUUUUGCCAUGCCCCCUGGUGCUGUUGGCAUUGAUCUACACACAGGCAAAUUCUGCAGACACCUUGAUGUGCUGCAACGAAGUACUAGACCACAUUGUCAUAGUUUUUUUGUUUUAUCCUUUAAUCUUGACUCUCCUUGUGUAAAGUUUGAAUGUGAAAAGGAACAUGCGAAAUGACUUACUCCCUUUUUAAUGAGGUACAGAGAGUAGUAGUAUUACCUGUUGUUGCAAAUGGUAUUGAAGGAGUUUUUUUUUUUUUCUUUUUAUCUGUUUUUAUUUUUUGUCGUCUUUUACAAUCCUCAUUGUGAUUUUUAGGGAAGGGGUAUGGAUGAGUUUUGAUGCAUUUCAAAAUAAUUUGGCUUCCUCAAGACCUGGAAAGGAGUUUUUAUUUAGACUUAAAAAAGUGAGACAUCCUUUAUUUAUUUUCUUUUUAAAGCAUGACCACGUUUUUAACAGAUGCAGUUCAUUUUUAGAUUAAAAAACAGAUGCAUUUUUUUCCCCCGCUAUCAGUUCUUAAAGAAAAUAAUUACUAGUAACAAACGGCAUCAGGAUGCAGAAACAUGUCAGCUAAAACAUUUGUAGCAUGAUUUAUUCAUAUCUAAUCACAGAACAUUUCCUUUUUACCUCAGUCUUUUGAUGGAGAGAAAUUCUAUAUUUUCUAGGUACAAGUAUAUUUCACAAGAAGUGAACCUGAAGAUGUUUGCGUUCUGUCUGUGCACACAGUUCGUAUGUUUGUGGUACGUUUAAAAGUAUGUCCAGAAAUGCACUAGCAUGGCUUUUUUUUUUUUUUUUCCCAAUAGCUUAAAGGUCAGUUUGUUACAUUAUCUGAAGGGUAGGAAGCAGCGGUGUUCAUAUGGGGUGACCUUUGCCCCCUUUACGUUGCGUUUUGAUUUUUUUUUGACAGCU